AUGAAAGGAAGACUUGCUACUGGAGAUAUGAUGAGAUAUUGGUAUGGGAAUGUCAAUGUAUCUUGUGUCUUAUGCAAUGAGCCAUUGGAAACUCUUGAGCAUUUAUUCUUUGAAUGUGCUUAUUCUGCUCAGAUUUGGGAGGCUUUGAUGAAGGGGGUUUUGAGAGAUAAGUACACAGUGAGAUGGGAAGAGUUACUGAGAAUUAUGAGGGACUCGACGAGGAGGAAGAUGCAUUUGUUUCUCAUUAAGUAUAUGUUUCAAGCGACGGUGAAUAUGGUUUGGAGAGAGCAGAAUAGAAGAAGGCAUGGGGAAGUUGAAGCUCCAGCAAUCCUAUUGAUAAAGCUUCUUGAUAAAAAUAUGAGAAACAGCUCACAUUUAGUGCAGAGAAAUGGAGAUAGAGAGAUUGGAGAAGGGAUGCAACAUUAG